AAAUUGAAAGGGCAAAUCUAUAUUUUAAAAAACUCAUAUUGUAGAAGAAUCGAAGGAGGAAGAUGAUGCGAAUAAGAUUGGUAUGGUUUACACUAGGUUUCACUUCAGCUUCAGCUGCAAUGUCUCAAUUCAUAAUCAGAGAUCUAUGGGCUCAUCAGCUCUCUCUUUCUUCCCAAUUGGAGGAGAAAUUCGGCGUAUUGGGGACUAGGGUUUCAAAUCUUGAAUUAGCGCUUCAUGAUACUCCCAAUACUCAGCAGGAUGAAGGAAACUGAAGUGUAGCACCAUCAUCAGAUCGUGUUCUUCAGCAUGGGUGGAUACUGUUUCUUGAUUAUGUAUCUUGGUGAUCUCUGAUAUGAACGGACAAUAUGCAAAUAAGGAAAUUAAUUUUUUUAUAUUUUCCUUUGGUGGUGCAAAUUUAUAACCCAGUUGUGAUUGGGGGUUCUCCCUUAAGUUUAAACAAGAUUGUUAUACAUUUUUAUUUGGAUGUCUGUGGUUUUCAACAUGAUAUUUUCUGACAAUGCAACA